CCACGGUCGUUAAUCGCGAGGAAUAUGAACUCCAAAGUCAAUGGCCCAGUUGUUGGCAUUGAUCUAGGAACCACAAACUCGUGUGUAUCGGUCAUGGAAGGGAAAUCGUCUCGGGUCAUUGAGAACUCAGAAGGUGCACGGACGACACCUUCUGUUGUUGCUUUCACCAAGCAUGGAGAGCGAUUAGUCGGUCUACCAGCGAAGCGUCAGGCUGUUGUCAACUCGGCAAACACAGUCUUCGCCUUCAAACGUUUGAUCGGUCGUCAGUUCAAGGACAAAGAAGUUCAGGACGACAUGAAGCAUUGGCCAUUCCAAAUCGUUGCUAAGGGUGAUGGACGACCUGCAGUCGAAGUAGACAAUGGUGGAAAGAAGCAGCAAUUUUCUUCGGAAGAGUUGUCUUCCAUGGUUUUGACGAAGAUGAGGGAAACAGCAGAACAAUUCCUGAACAAAAAAGUCAACCACGCUGUCAUUACUGUUCCCGCUUACUUCAAUGAUGCUCAACGGCAGGCAACCAAGGAUGCCGGGCAGAUUGCUGGUUUGGAUGUUCUUCGUGUCAUCAACGAGCCUACUGCUGCUGCUCUUGCGUACGGUCUUGAUCGCGUUGAGUCGUCAGUAAUAGCCGUCUAUGAUCUCGGCGGUGGUACGUUCGAUAUUUCCAUUCUGGAGAUGCAGAAGGGUGUAUUCGAAGUGAAGUCCACCAAUGGUGACACGCACCUUGGUGGUGAAGACUUCGAUAUUGUCCUUGUCGAUUAUAUCCUGAAUGAGUUCAAAAAGGAGAGUGGGAUCGACCUAAGUGGAGAUCGUAUGGCCAUCCAGCGUAUACGUGAAGCAGCUGAAAAGGCCAAGAUUGAAUUGUCGUCAACUUCGCAGACAGAGAUCAACUUGCCUUUCAUCACUGCCGACGCCUCAGGACCCAAACACAUCAACUCCAAACUCAUGCGUUCGCAAUUCGAGUCCUUGGUUGCUCCCUUGAUUCAGCGCACAGUUGACCCAUGUAGGAAAGCCCUCAACGACGCAGGUGUUAAGGCCAACGAAAUCAACGAGGUCAUUUUGGUUGGUGGUAUGACACGUAUGCCUCGCGUAUCGGAAACCGUCAAGAGCAUUUUCGGCCGCGAGCCUAGCAAGGGUGUGAACCCUGAUGAGGCUGUGGCUAUCGGUGCUUCUAUUCAGGGUGGUGUAUUGGCCGGCAAUGUUACGGAUAUUCUCCUACUCGACGUUACGCCUCUGUCGCUUGGUAUCGAAACUCUCGGUGGCAUCAUGACCAAGCUUAUUAGCCGUAAUACCACAAUCCCUACCAAGAAAUCCCAGGUUUUCUCUACGGCUGCGGAUGGUCAGACUGCUAUCGAAGUUAAGAUUUAUCAAGGUGAACGUGAACUCGUUCGUGACAACAAGUUGUUGGGCAACUUCAACCUCGUUGGUAUUCCCCCUGCCCCCAAGGGUGUGCCCCAAAUCGAGAUUACUUUCGACAUUGACGCUGAUGGUAUUGUGAAUGUAUCAGCUAAGGACAAGGCAACUAACAAAGAUCAGUCCAUGACUAUUGCAUCCUCUUCUGGUCUUAGCGACAAGGACAUUGAGAAGAUGGUCUCUGACGCUGAGCAAUAUGCCGAGUCUGACAAGUCUCGCAAGACCCUAAUUGAGGAAGCUAACAAGGCUGACUCCGUGUGCUCGGAUACUGAAAAGGCCAUGAACGAGUUCAAGGACCAACUCGAUGCUACGGAGAAAGACAAGGUUACCAAGCUGGUCGGUGAGCUCCGUGAGUUGGCUGUUAAGGGACAAGCUGCGGAUCCUUCGAUCACUUCGGACGCCAUCCGGGAAAAGAUCAACGAGACACAGCAGGCAUCAUUGGGCCUUUUCCAGAAGGUCUACGAGAAGAGGAACGCUGAGAACAACACCUCAUCAGAAAGCACCGAGAACAAGGAGGAGAAGAAGGAUUAAUUGCGCUUUGUUCUCCCUUUUCUCUCUGUCUUGUCAUUUCUUUGCAUGCUCCCAUCACGUUUCCUUACCCUUACUUGCAUGGUCGCCACACGUUUUGCACCCCUCACGCCAUAGAUUUUUGCGAAAAGUACAGCUCACAUACACAUAUAUUCUAUUAUCUCCUGGUUUCACCUUGUCCUAGUCUGCCCCGCUUUUAUUUGUUAUACUUACGUAUUCGUGGCAUCCACCCCUCCCAACUCCGUAGCUCUCUUUUCAUGCUGUGUACCUAAUUCAUAGGGAUUUGAUUACGAGUAAUGUAUCACACGCACAACAGGAA